AUGAAGCUCCUGUUGAUACCUGUUGGUAUUGUGUUGGGUUUAUGGUCAGCAUUGAUCAAUGCUGUCAGUUAUGAUAAUGCAUUCAACGUUAAUAAGGAAUUGAUUCACUAUAAUUAUUAUAAAUUCAGUCAUAGUAAUAGUUUUGAAGUGAUUGAUUCAUCAAAUAUCAUUGGGUAUAACUUGUUGAAUCAAUUCAUAAAUAUCAAUGUGACUUCUGGUGACAUCAAUUGGUUGAUUCAAGAUACUACUGAAUUCAAUCAAUUCGUAAUCAUUGGGUCCAAUGUUUACUUAUACUCUGAUUUUUCACAUACUAUCAAUAUCGUUGAAUUAAAGACAGGUAUUUUAAUUAGAUCCAUUGAAGUUAUCCAACCUAUAACGAAAGUGAUUAAUUUCUUUAAUAAGGGAUUAUUAGUUGUACAAUCUGAUGGAACAUUACAUUUCAUUAAUGAUCGUAGACAAAGUCAAAUUCAUCUUGAUUAUAGUAUUAAAUCGGAAUUUGUAUAUCAACAAUUGAAUGGAUUCAUGUAUAUCAUCACUUAUAAUGGACACUUGAUAAAACUCAAUUCAAACUAUCAAAUCGUUAAUCAAUUUGAUUUAUCCGCUAAUAAGCUCAGUCAAUUCAAAGAUUUCAUUUUAAUUACUGACUCAAAUCAAAUUUAUAAAUUGGUUGAAAGUGGCGAAACAUUUGACGUUAAAUCAAUUUCAAGUUCUUUCCAAAAUGUGAAAAUCAUAAGUCCAACCUAUUUUUAUAAUACUGAAUCAAAUAACAAAGUGAACAUUUAUACCAUUAAGAAUAAUAAAUUAGAAUCAGUUUGGGAUAAUGAAUUUAAAGGUUCGGAAAUCACCAAUGUUGAAUUAACUCCAUUCGCAUUAAGUGAUUAUCUUAUUGUUACCAAAGCUAAUGGAAGUAAACAAGUUUUUGAUUUAACAGAUUUAUUAAUUAUCGAUGAUCCAUACAGCAUCAAAGAAAUUAAAGUUAAAUCCGACUUGUUAUCUAUCCCAGGUACAGUUGAUUUUAUAAUUUCUUCAAGUGAUGAUAUUCCUCAUUUAAUCACCAUAAAUGAUGCUCUUGAUGGGGCAAUUUAUGACAUUAACGAUGGAUCUCUUGUUCAAACAAUAGUCCAUUCAACUUCUCAAUUCUUACCAAUUGACGCUUCUACUGUUAGUUUGAUUGUCGAUAAACCAAGUUCUAAGCAAGCCAUUAAUCAAGUCAAUCAUUUAUUAAAUGAAGGCACGAACAUUAUUUUGUGGAAUUGGGUUAAGAGGACUUACAGACAUUUAGGAGAAUUAGGUAAAUACUUCACUUCCUUCGUAUCCUCCUCUUCAACCCCCACUGGUUCUGAAGAUGAUAUUGGUGAUCUUGAAGAUGAUUUUGGAUUUGUUAAAUAUGUUAUUUUUUAUGAUCAAAUUUCAAAAGCUUUAUUAGCUAUUAAUUCCAAGAAUGGAGAAGUAGAAUGGAAAUCAUAUACGAAAGAUAUUCCUCAAAAAUUACUCCAAAUCAAUGGAAAUAUAAUAGUGGUUUCGAAUGAUAGUGUACUUGAACUUGAUCCAUUAGAUGGAAUUGUUCUCUCCACUAAACCUAUCACUGGUGGAAAGGAAGUUAUCAAAGUCCAAGCUGGCGAGGAAGAGUCAUACAUCGUUGAAACUGAACAAUCAUUUGAAUCUAUCUCAUCAUAUACUCAAGAUAUCUAUUUGUUUAAAUCAAAUGAAGAUAAAAUUGAAGGUCAUAAAUUAAUCAAGGGUAGUACUAAAUCAAUUGCAACUUGGAAUUUCAUUCCUCAACAAGAUGAAACAAUCAUUACUGCCAUUGCUAAAGAUGUUGAAUCUUCUACUGUAUCAGUUGGUAUUCCAUUGGCUAAUAAAUCCAUCUUGUAUAAGUACUUGAAUCCUAAUGUGAUCGCUGUUGUAACUAAGUCUCAUGAUCAAGUGUUAAAGAUAUACUUAAUUGAUGGUAUUACUGGUAAUUUACUUUCUGUAUUCGAACAUACUAAUAAUGAAAUCAUUGAUUUUACAUCUAUAAAUAUCAUUAUUGAUGAUAAUUGGGUUAUUUAUACUUAUUUUAUUAAAUCUCCAAGAUUAGAACAAAGAAUUAAUGUCAUUGAUUUAUUUGAUUCCAACAAAUCAAUUAAGAAAAGUGGUAAUGAUUUAAUUUCUUCAUUUACUCAUAAUUCAACCAUUAAUUCAUAUUCCAAGAAAUCAUUUGCAUUCCCAGAGAGAAUCAUUAAUUUAUCAUCAACAAAAUCAGAAUACGGAAUAACCUUGAAAUCCAUCCUUGUAUUAACUGAAUCAGGAUAUUUAAUGGAGAUUCCAAAGUAUAUCUUAAACAGUAGAAGAAUCGAUAAUAGACCUUUAGUUCCAGAUGAUUACAUAAGUGAUUUUAAAGUAUCUCCUUAUGAACCAAUUAUAAAUUUAAAUACCCUUGCUAUUUUAAAUCAUAAACAUAAAUUAAUUUUAAAUCAAAAUGAAAAAGGAACAAUUUUAAUCAAACCAACUCAUUUCGAAUCAACUUCAGUCCUUUGUUAUUUAAAUAAAUUCAAUUAUUAUUGUGGAUUAGUUCAACCUUCAAAAUCAUUCGAUACUUUAGGUCAUGGUUUUGAAAGAGUCAAAUUAUUAGGUACCAUAGUUGCUUUAUUCGCAGUUUAUAUCGUUACAAAACCAUUUGUUUCAAAGAAAAGAUUAAAUGAUCAAUGGUUAUAUAGUUAG